UCCGAGGCCCAUUGGCGGAGCUUCUCACGAACUCAAUAAGCCAAAACCCCCAAAAGGUCCAAAAACCCACUCUCUCUCCUCUUGUAUUCUCUCUCUAAAUCCCUCCUUUUGCCAUUUCGCGUCUCCGUGGCUCUCUGGUUGUUGGCGUUCAUCUUCCUCAAGAGCGUGAGAGAUGGCAGCAACAUCAGCAGCUGCCUUUUCCGUCGGAACUAAUUGUUCCCUCGGCCACAAAGCGGCGGCGUUUCAGCAGUCAAAGCCUUGUGCUUUGAGGUUCAACUCCCAAAACCCUCUCAAGAGCUCUUUCAAUGGGCUCAAGGCAACCCCAUCUUUCAAUUGUGAAACCGAGACCUCGUUCUCCGGCAAAGAAACUGCAUCGGCUCUUCGAGCUUCUUUCGCUCGAAAAGCCCACAAGGAAGCGCUGGUGGUUCAGUCUCAGUUCCAGCCCCAGGCCUCGUAUAAAGUAGCUGUUCUUGGAGCUGCCGGUGGGAUCGGUCAGCCAUUGGCUCUUCUGAUCAAGAUGUCGCCUUUGGUCUCCUCCCUGCAUCUUUACGAUAUUGCUAAUGUCAAGGGUGUUGCUGCUGACUUGAGUCACUGCAACACUCCUUCUGAAGUUCUUGAUUUCACCGGAGCUGCCGAGUUGCCCAAUUCCUUGAAAGGUGUGGAUGUGGUGGUCAUUCCUGCCGGUGUUCCAAGAAAGCCCGGUAUGACCCGCGAUGACCUCUUCAACAUCAAUGCCGGCAUUGUGAAGAACUUGAUCGAGGCUGUGGCAGAUAACUGCCCUGAUGCAUUCAUUCAUAUUAUCAGUAAUCCGGUGAACUCCACGGUGCCAAUUGCUGCCGAAGUUCUGAAGCAGAAGGGUGUUUAUAACCCAAAGAAGCUCUUUGGUGUUUCUACCUUGGAUGUUGUGAGGGCGAACACAUUUGUUGCUCAGAAGAAGAAUCUGAAACUGAUUGAUGUUGAUGUCCCAGUUGUCGGAGGACAUGCUGGGAUAACUAUUCUACCCCUGCUAUCCAGGACAAACCCCUCUGUUAGCCUCACUGACGAAGAAGUUGAGCAGCUAACUGUUAGGAUCCAAAAUGCUGGAACCGAGGUUGUAGAGGCAAAGGCAGGUGCUGGGUCCGCGACAUUGUCAAUGGCAUAUGCAGCAGCUCGAUUUGUUGAGUCAUCUCUGCGUGCACUGGACGGAGAUGGGGAUGUCUAUGAGUGCUCAUAUGUAGCGUCUGAUCUGACCGAGCUUCCAUUCUUUGCAUCAAGGGUUAAGCUUGGAAGGAAUGGAAUUGAAGCUUUCAUACCGUCUGACCUCCAAGGUUUGACAGAAUAUGAGCAAAAGGCGUUGGAAGCACUCAAGCCGGAACUGAAAGCCAGCAUUGAGAAGGGUAUUGCUUUUGCCAACAAGCAGACCGUGACUGCUUAGGUCGCUAUUAUCAGAAGCUUCUAUUACCUCAUUCUAAUGAAUGCUUUACAGAUAUUUUUUAGCAGAUUUAGCAAUGCAUCAGUACUUUCAGUUUUGUAGAAUGAAGUCGGUAUCCUUUCAGUGUUCUAUGUUGAAGCUAUUUUCGGAAGAAAUACAGAGUUGCUUCUAUUGUUGUAGAUUGAAGAAUAUAAGCCUUCUCUUGCGGGCGGAAACUUGUAGUGACAGUUUUGAUAUAACUUGGCUGGUCGAUCAUGAGUUUUUAGGAAUAUCAUGUAUUUCUAUCUUGCGUGUAUGCAAGGGCUAGCUUCUGAUGCGAAAAUAAAUUCGAAGAAAGUGAAUUCAUACUUUUCAAUUGCAA